GCAAUUGAAUAUCUCUAUGUUAUGUCAAGUACUUGGCUACCAGCUAUAUUAAUGCCUUAAAAAUUAAUUACCCAGGUGUUUUAGCAGUUUGCUGCAGAACUUCUUUGUGUUAUUACAGGACACUCGUAGUACGCAUACCGGUAUUGCACUGACAAGCAUCCCAUUCCCUAGAUGACAAGCUAAGUUGUUUUGCUAGUUUUGAUUAUUUGGAACCUAUCGCUUCAUAUAAAUUGAGUGUGUGGGAAUAACACAAGCCUGUUGUAGUGGAUGUUUAGCAGAAUUACACGUUUAGGGACAACAAAUGGCACCUGCUCCAACUCAGAAGCGUUCCUAUCUCUCUUACCUUUCAGAGUCCCCUGUGGAUGGUCUUAGUCAGAUAUACAGGAGACCUUUCGACGGAGACGAGAUGCCGAUCCUUUACGCCGUCAUCGCCCGCGGCACCACGGUGCUUGCAAACUAUGCGGCCUGCCAGGGAAACUUCACAGAGGUGACGGAACAAGUCCUGAUGAAGAUUCCUCCGCAGAAUGCCAAGCUGACCUACUCACAUGGAGCCUACCUCUUUCAUUAUGUCUCAGAUGAGAGGAUUAUCUAUAUGUGCAUCACAGAUGAUGACUUUGAAAGAUCAAGAGCAUUUGCAUUUCUACAGGAGAUCAAGAAGAAAUUCACGGCUACCUAUGGGUCCAGAGUACAUACAGCGCUUCCUUUUGCAAUGAACAGUGAAUUCUCAAGAGUACUAGCUGCACAAAUUAGAUACUUUGCACAACCAUUGUCUGAUCACACAAGGAUGUCAGAAGUACAACAGGACCUGGAGGAACUCAAUCAAAUUAUGGUCAGAAAUAUUGAGUCUGUGUCAAAUCGAGGAGAAAGGUUAGAGCUCUUGAUCGAUAAAACGGAAGACUUGGAAACCACAUCACUUACAUUCAAGAAGAGCAGUAAAAGCCUGGCCCGAUCUAUGUUCAUGAAGAACUUGAAAUUGAUCAUCAUCUUGUCAAUAGUUGUAAUUUUGGUAAUAUACUUCAUUGUGUCUGCAGCAUGUGGUGGACUUGACUGGAAUAGGUGCGUCAAAUAGUGAUCAGCAAUUCAAAGACAUUUGUUUUUAUAAAAGACACUUAUUUUCUAUUCUGUGGAUUAUUGGAGGAAUGCCAAGUCGAUGGAAUCAUAGUACAAUUAGGUGCAGAAAUGUUCAUAGAAUUUGACUUAUUUCUAUGCUCUGUGAAAACCAAGCAAGACAUGGAGAAGUAAUCGUGCUUGAAAAUUUGGGGUGAUGCUUUGAUGGAACUGCUGCUUUUGACCAUACUGGACCAUGUAGACAGAAGGAUUAAACAGGUAUUUUCUCAUCAGCUCUUCAAAGCUACCAUAGUAUAGCCAACAUGGUAUGCUUCUGUUGUUGUUGUUCAUUGUAUAAUAAACAUAUCCUUGAAAAGAUACAACUUUUAUACAUUCUUCAUUCUCAGCCAAGCAUAAUGAAAUGGUCAUAUUCUAUUAAAGCAUGUAUUGAUAUUUUUUUCUGUCCAGUUUGUCGUCAGAAUCUGUCAAAGUUCAACUCAGUACUUGUACAAUGUAGUUAUGAAGCCUUUAUCAAAUAUAUUGUGAUUUUAUUAUGAAGAUUUAAUAUUUCAGGUGCCUAUUAUAGCAGAACUCAUCCAGAUUAUCAAUGACAAAGACAAUCAUAAUUAUCCCUUCAUAGUUGAGUACAAUAACUAGAUCAUCUCCCACUUAAAAUAGAUAAUUAUGCAGGUCUAUGACAAUAUAGAUCAUACCAGCUGAUUUUUGUAAUGGGAGAUUGUCCAUUUCAAGAUAAAGGUGAGCUCUGGUCAUCGCAUUGCAUUGUGAAAGAAAAGGUGUGGAAUGGAUCAGAAAAAGUUGUUCAUGUAAGUAUUGGUGUGUACUGCAAAGUUCUGGAGUCAUUAAAAUCAUAAU